AUGGGCCAAGCGUCUGGACCUAUAGGGAAACAGUCGAGCGAGUACUCCCUCUGCUGCAGUCCAAGCUGGAGGAGUGGAAGCCUUGCAAGACGUAUCAUGGCUCCAAGACCAGCUGUAAACCAGGAACUAUCCACGAAUCGCAUGAAGCCCGGGAUAGACUACACAAUAUCUGUUCAGGGUAGAGCCACUUUUGUGAGGCAGGGCAGCCAUGUUGUACAGGAUCACGCCUCACAGCCUCAGUUCUCCAACAUUAAUGAGAACAAAUUGAAGAACACAACGUCCGCCUCCCGUUUCAUGAAACUCCUGAACAACUAUGAGCGGUCCACAGGUGUGACAGAGCGAGUCACAACAGAGGAGCGGAGUGAAACUAAUCUCUUCCUGGAUGCCGUCUUACAGACAGAAGUCAUGAAGCGGGCUCAUAAGUACCUGGUGAGCAAAGGAAAGUCCAGCUCUGACUUGAGGCUGUUUAAGAGUCAGCUAAACUUGAUCUGGUUCCACCUCUACCACAGACAGAGAAACACGGGCCUGGACUCCUGUGGAUUCGAGCAUGUCUUUGUUGGAGAAACAAAAUCUGGGACAGAAAUCAUUGGUUUUCACAACUGGAUCCAGUUCUACCUGCAAGAAAAAAACAGGCACUUGGACUACAAAGGAUACAAAGCCAGGGAGCAUGACUUACCGGAUCAAGAUGACCAUGUUCUGAACCUCCAGUUCAGCUGGCAUGGUCUGGUGAAGCCUGUUGGAAGUGCCUUCAUCGGGACCAGCCCCGAGUUUGAGAUGGCACUCUUCACCAUCGUCUUCCUCAUGAACACAGAGAGGAGCACCACGGUGCUGGUCAACAUCGACCAGUGUCAGAUGGAGCUGGUGGUCAUCAGACACGGACGCUCCCUCGGUACAGCGUAUCCCAAACUGCUCAGCAGCAACAGCAGACAUGUUAGGCAGCAGUCACACUGAAUUCACUUCUGGUACAAAGUGAUACUCACAUCCUUGUUCGAGAACAUGGGGCACAGAUGGACCGUGGUUUUGUUAAUACAGCACAGACCUGCUUCGUGUCGUGCGAGACACACGUGUCCAUGUCUCUAUUUUUAUCAGGACUCAAUUAAUGUCAUAAAUAACAAUUUCAAUAAAAAUUACUGAUGGUUUUUGAAAUUAAUUAUUUUGUGUCUUUUUAUGCAGUGUCUUUACCAAAUAAA